AUGGCAUCGCCUGCAGCUCCGAAGAAGGAGCAAAGCUCAAACAAUGGGUGUAUUCUGACAAUUCUUCAAGCAGAUUCCCUCAACUGCUAUCUUGCCGAAGGUACCCAAGACCUAAAGGUACCCAGCCGGCGCGACUUGUUUGAAAUCAGACACGCCUGGAGCUUGAGCGUUCGCAACGAGCUUGAGCGCGAACUCGAGAUUGAGCGCGAGCACCGCCACAACUACGAACAGAGAUCCAGAGUAGAGAAUGACCAACAAGAGCUCAAGUUAGUGAACGGACAGCGCCGCAAGCGCGAAGACGACAGCGAGGAGGACGAAGCCACCGCGGAGCGAUUCGCCAAGCGCCGCAACAUUGACGUGGACUCGGAGGAGCGCCCGUCGCAGCCACUUUCAACCUCGCACCAGUCCCACCCGCCUUCCCAGACGACUGCCCGACCCGUCUACCCGCACAAGUUCGCCCUCACCGACAACGGCCCUUGGUACGAGUCCAUCUACAAUGAGGUCUACAAGAAAGUCUACAGCGAGAUCUACGACGAGGCCUACUCCAAGGCGUACAACCUAGCUUACAACGAUGCCUUCAAGGACGGCUACGACAAUGGCAUCUCUGACGGUUGCCAUGAUGGGAGCAACACGGGAUAUAUGGACGGAUUCCGCCAUGGAUACAAGAAGUCGUAUCGAGUCUUGUAUGCAGAGGCAAUGGAUGAGAUGAGCAGCGACGGCGAUUACGAGGAUGAGUCAGGAGAGUCGACUGUUAGUGACGAGAAGGAGGAGUCUGAGAUUUCUGAGACUUCUGAGACUUCGGAGAACGAGGAUUGUACGCGUGAAUGGAACGAAGGCAUGUGGCACCAUUUCCGACUUGGGAUACCGAACAGAACUCGUAUCAAGACUGAGGAUGAAUGGAAACGGAAACGAACUUCUCAAAGAAGGAUCCGUGUCAAUUGA